AUGUCCCAGCGCGUGUGUGUGAGUGACUUCGAGGAGCAGGCCCGAAAAGUGCUGCCCAAAGCCGUGUACGAUUACUACCGCUCUGGUGCUGAUGAGCAACGCACUCUGCACGACAAUGUGGAGGCCUUCAACAGGUGGUGUGUGGUCCCCCGUGUGCUCCGAGACGUGUCCUCAGUGGACAUGUCCCUGAGUGUCCUGGGACAGCGGCUGAGCAUGCCUGUGUGUGUGGCCUCCACAGCCAUGCAGAGGAUGGCCCAUGCUGACGGGGAGGUGGCCACAGCCAGAGCGUGCAGGGCGGUGGGCACAGCCAUGAUGCUGAGCUCCUGGGCCACCUCCACCAUAGAGGAGGUAUCUGAGGCUGGAGGGGGGCCCGGGGGGGUCCUGUGGAUGCAGCUCUACAUUUACAAAGACCGUGAGCUCAGUCUGUCUCUGGUGCGGCGCGCGGAGCAGGCCGGCUAUCAGGCCAUCUUCCUCACAGUGGACACUCCGUACCUGGGCCGCAGGUGGGAUGACGUGCGCAACCGCUUCAAACUGCCCCCCCAUCUCAGCAUGUCCAACUUCUCCGCCCCCUCCCUGUCCUUCUCCGAGGACACUUACGGAGCGGACAGUGGCCUGGCCGUGUACGUGUCCAAAGCCAUCGACCCGUCUCUGAGCUGGGAGGACGUCCUGUGGCUCAAGAGGAACACGCACCUACCCGUCAUCCUCAAGGGGGUCCUCAGUGCGGAGGACGCUCGCCAGGCUGUGGACUGUGGAGUGGACGGGAUCCUGGUGUCCAACCACGGAGCACGGCAGUUGGACGGGGUGCCUGCUACGCUGGACGUCCUGUCUGAGGUGGUGCGUGCGGUGGGGGGCCGCUGUGACGUCUUCCUGGACGGAGGGGUCCGGAGGGGCACAGAUGUCCUGAAGGCCCUCGCUCUGGGGGCCAAAGCUGUGUUCGUGGGACGCCCGGUGCUCUGGGGCUUGGCCUGUCAGGGGGAGGAGGGCGUCACUGAGGUCUUGACUCUUCUGAAAGAGGAGCUGCGGUUGGCUCUGGCCCUGGCAGGCUGCCGCUCGCUCUCAGAGGUCAGCAGGGCCCUGCUGCGACGUCCAGAAGAGUUUUCACGCUUGUGAGAAACAAAGUACAGAGACUGGUUUCACUGAGUCAGGAGUCAUCCAUUUAAAGGUCCUAUAAUACAAAAAACUCUACAAACUGACUCUUGUGAAAUUUAAAGGUUGUAUAGAGGAUUUUUUAAGGGAAGUGAAAUACAGCGACAGUCCUUUUUCAAAUGUUGUGCAUGUGUGACACCACCUCCCUCCUCCACAGCUCCCUCAGUAGAAACACUCCUCCCGCCUCUUUACUCUAGAUAAUAAUAUUUUAGUGACCGACGCGUCAGUGUUUAGACCCUUCGUCUGCUUCAGUCACACCGCCGCUGGAAGGAAUGUCCAAGAAUCACCUCAGUUUGGCUUCGCUCCUUUUCCCCUUCUCUUCUUCUUUCAGCGACCUCAAAAAUUGACUUUCUUUAGCAGCGAACUGGUCGUGGAUUCUCGUCCGCCAUCGCAACAAACUUUGUGCGAAUUGCAAGGAAGCGACAGUUUGAAAAAGCCUCUAAGAACCGCUGCAUAAACCACGUAAUCCUCGCGCGCUGGCGAGUCAGUGACACUAGAAACGUAGGAAGUUUGAUUGACAACCUAACAGCCAGUAGAAAAUGAGGGAGCCUCAUUAUCUAUUGGCUGAUGUUUAUCUGGCGUCACUACGUCCACAGUUGAUAGAUUUUUAUUUUUUUGGUUUUUUUUGCUCAUGAUAAUUUCAAGGCUGCUGCAUCUCUGUAAUGGUAUUUUAAACUUUCAUUGACAAUUUGAAACAAAAAAAAUAAUAAAAAUCCUCCAUACAACCUUUAAGUCAUGUUCUAAUGCUGUUACCUCCUCAAAAACACACCUGGACUCGUGUUUAGUUUGAAUAACUAUUAUAGUCUGUCUACAUUUCCAAAGCUCAAAAUGCUCUGUUUCA